AUGAUAAGUAUUAUUCCUAUGAAACAUGCCAAAAUCAAUUGGACUGGUGGGCAGUUCGCAUCUGUAUUAGAACGUAGAGCAAGCAAUCCCGGUUUGGUAUUGCCGGCUUAUCAGGCAUAUCUCAGAACGAGUCAUGAAGAACGCUUGGUUGACGGUCCACCACCGUCGCCAAAGGAUUUACGAGUAUCAUCGUUGGAGCAGCGUGUUAGAGAACUGGAGGCAAUGGUGGUUGGUCAGGCUGCCGCCGCCAAAAGCGCUGCUGUUGUCAUUCCUGUAGCUCCUUCGCAGCAAACGAAGCAUGGUAAUGGGCGUACGUCACAUGUUCCACCACCCACUCAACUCAUCAUCUCCAAUUCAUCACCGUCGUCAUCUGUAACACAUCAACUUAUGGCUAAGGAGGUCGUUAGCAAGGAAGUUGAAAUUGAACGGCUUCAGGCGAAGCUUAGAAAGGCGUAUGCUCAAAUAGAGCGUCAGCAAGCUGAUUAUAAUGAGGAGGUACGGAAAUUCAAAAAGGAUUCUGAACAAGCAAAAGAUGAACUACUCCGUGUUGUGAACAAACUUAACGACCUCGAAGCGGAGUCGGUAAUGUGUCAGGAAAAGGCGAAAACGCUUGACAAUUGUCAGCUUAGUGCUAUCUCGGAAACACAGGAAAAGCUGAAAUCUCAGGAAAAGGAACUGGCACGGCUUCGUAUCGAUCUAGCUGAGAAAGAAGAAUUACUGAAGCGCUACGAGGAUCUGAAGAAGGAUUUCGAUUAUUUAGAGUUACAGAACGAAACACUUAGUCAUACACUUAAUUCUAAGGAGAAUACUGUGAAAGAGCUUGAGCGACAUAUUGCGUCCAUGCGCAUGGAGGCGACGCUUUAUCAACAGUCAUGCUCUUCUGGAUCAACACCACUGGCUGAUGAAACAGAAUCUCUAGCCGAUAUAAAACCUCCUUUCACUCCGGCCCGUCCAUACACCAAGGCCCACUCAACUGUUGGAGCUACUAUGAGUCCACAGCCUCGACAAAUGAACGGUGGAAAUCUUAUAAAGAGUCUAUCAAACUAUGCAAUUGAUGGAGGUUCUAAUAGAAGGGAUGAUGUAUCAGAAGCAAUGAGCAGAAGUUUAAGGUCCGUCCAGAAAAAGUUAGUAGAUAGUCGACUGCUUGUCAAGUGCCUCAAGGAGACGGUGGAACGACUUGCGCGUGGAGAAAAUCCUGACAUUAGUCGUUUGCUAGGAAUUAAAAGUUAG